CUCCACGACCGCGAAUGCUCUCUAACCAAUCGACCAACAUCCAUGGCCUCUGCAACUGACCAGCCACAACAUAACUUUCACCACCGCAUCGCUAACCUCCUCCAUGCUACCAGCUCUUCUCUCUCUUUUCUCCUUCCCUCCCCCAAAACGGCACCGUAUCCACCCUCUCCUCCUAAACUGUGCGUCCCCUUCAAAUUCGCCGACUCUCCCGUCCUCCCGCUCACUUCAGUGUUCGAGUCCCCCCAGUCCGACUCAGUCUCCUCUAAAUCAACAAUCAAGGGCGUUUCCUCGGCUGAGUCCAAUUCGGGUUUCUCGUCAGCAGUGAGGAUUGGAGGGCUCAACUCGAACGGCAAGGCCAGCGGACCUGCCUUCGUUGGCCAGGUUUUCAGCAUGUGCGAUCUUACUGGGACGGGUCUCAUGGCAGUGUCAACUCACUUUGAUAUUCCUUUCAUUUCAAAGAGAACACCUCAAUGGCUUAAGAAGAUUUUUGCAACUAUUACUAAGAGCGAGAGGAAUGGCCCUGUGUUUCGCUUUUUCAUGGAUUUAGGUGAUGCAGUUGCAUACGUUAAGCAGCUGAAUAUUCCAAGUGGCGUGGUUGGUGCCUGUCGUCUUGAUUUGGCAUAUGAGCAUUUCAAGGAAAAACCUCAUAUGUUUCAGUUUGUUCCAAAUGAAAGACAGAUAAAGGCAGCCAACAAACUUCUUAAGAAAAUCCCACAAAAUGAUGGAAGGACAAAGGUGGAUGGUGUUCCUGUCUUUGGUGCUCAGAACUUGGAUAUUGCUAUUGCUACAGUUGAUGGUAUUAAGUGGUAUACACCAUAUUUCUUUGAUAAAAACAUGCUCGACAACAUUCUUGAAGAGUCUGUUGAUCAGCAUUUUCAUUCCUUGAUUCAAACUCGACGUAUCCAACGGCGACGUGAUGUAGUUGAUGACAGCUUCGCCGCAGAAGUUAUUGAAGAGAUGGGAGAUAAUAGUUGGGAGCCUCCUGAGGUUCAAGAGGUGCUGAAUGAGAUAGGCCAUCCUGGAAUACCAUUAAGUGUUAUCUCAAAGGCUGCUGAAAUCCAGCUUCUAUAUGCUGUUGACAAAUUACUCUUGGGCAAUAGGUGGUUGCGGAAAGCCACUGGCAUUCAGCCAAAGUUUCCGUAUUUGGUGGACUCAUUUGAGAGAAGGAGUACAGCUUCGUUUCUGAAAGCUUCCAAGCCCACCAACUGCCUCACCGACUUUGAAGCAGGCCUUGACACAUCAGGAGUUGAAUUAGAUGAUAAAUUUCAAGGUAACCACAGAGAGACCAAGGAUUUCCAGCUUCCUAUUGGUGAUUGGUUGAAUCAUUCAUGGUUGAAGCAAGGGCAAAAGCAUCAGAUGUUAGCGGAUACAGGGUACUAAACUACAGAAUAUGGA